GUUUGUUGACAGUCGGAACAUUUUGAUGUAACACUCUUUUUUUGGACUUUUUUUUUCUGAAACAAGCAAACUCAUUCAAGGGUUUGUUGCUGAAGCUCAUAAAAUAUGUUUUUGACAAGAUCCGAAUAUGACAGAGGGGUCAACACGUUCUCUCCUGAAGGAAGAUUGUUCCAGGUUGAAUAUGCCAUAGAGGCUAUAAAAUUGGGCUCCACAGCCAUCGGUAUCCAGACAUCGGAGGGGGUGUGUCUGGCUGUGGAGAAGAGAAUUACCUCUCCCCUGAUGGAGCCGAACAGCAUUGAGAAGAUUGUAGAGAUCGACAGUCACAUUGGUUGUGCCAUGAGCGGCUUGAUAGCCGAUGCUAAGACUUUAAUCGACAAGGCAAGAGUGGAAACACAGAACCACUGGUUCACUUACAAUGAGACCAUGACGGUGGAGAGUGUGACUCAGGCCGUGUCCAAUCUGGCGCUGCAGUUUGGAGAGGAGGAUGCAGACCCAGGCGCCAUGAGCCGACCCUUCGGUGUUGCACUUUUGUUUGGAGGGGUGGAUGAAAAAGGACCACAGCUGUACCACAUGGACCCGUCAGGAACCUUUGUACAGUGUGACGCUCGGGCCAUUGGCUCAGCAUCUGAAGGAGCUCAGAGCUCUCUGCAGGAGGUCUACCACAAGUCCAUGACAUUAAAAGACGCUAUCAAGUCAUCUCUGACCAUCCUGAAGCAGGUGAUGGAGGAAAAGCUCAACGCCACCAACAUUGAGCUGGCAACAGUAGAGCCUGGGAAAACCUUCCACAUGUAUUCUAAAGAGGAGCUGGAGGAUGUUAUCAAGGACAUCUAGAGCAGAAAGACUUGAUUUGAGUUCUGGACAGAAGAGAGGACGUAGACGUAUACCUGGGCUCAGAACGCAGCCAUCAUUUACCAUCAGCACAGUGUCCUUCAGACUACAGUCACAAUUUUUGGAUUGCAUAAGAGUUUUUUCUUUGUAGUCUGCUAAUUUACUUCUUGUCUUUUAAUUUCUGUUGAGUCUUUUGCCUAGAACGGAGCCGCACGAAAA